GUGACUUGCCAUUUCCGGCUUCACCAACAUCUCGCUCCCAUUUCUUCCCUCCUUGAAGACCCUUUAUCUGUCUCUAUUCACAGUAAUCAUUGGCUUUUAAUCUUUAGUCUCGUCACACUCUGUCCACAUCACCACUUCCCCCUCACCCCUUCAGGCCCCGCUUCCGGCCCUAUUCAACAUGCAAGGCGAGGCGCCAGCGCAAACCGUCAGCUCAUUAGGUCAAGCACUGCGAGCCGUCGGCGGCCUGACCAAGCCAAGUGGCAGAGGGCUGUUCAUGUUCCAAUGUCUACUGGCGGGGAGCUCGUCCGCCGCGAUCAUCGGUAUGCUUGGGGCCACAGUCAUGGGCUAUGCCUUCACGGCAGGCGCGGUGGGCUUUCUUGGUGGCUCCUGUGUUGGCUUUGUUCUGGGAAGCAUCGGUUACUACCGUACUUGUGCCCGGCAAAGCUUGAUUGCCUUCCUCAAGUACCCGGAUUUGCUCCGGCACCAUAUUGCCAUUGACUUUGGUAUGCACGGGGUGGACAAAGCCUCGCGGUUUUGGGGCACAGAUAUGCAGAAGACCAUGUGUGAUAUUCAGAGCGAUGUGGCUCUCCAAGGAAUGCUCGUUGCUGCUUGGCAUUCAGCAGUGCCGGCGAUCGAGGAGAUUCAAAGUCAGGAGGAGGCCCGUCUGGUGGCUAACAAAGAGUAGCAGUUGAUGUGCCAGGGGAGGAGCGCGAUGCAGAGCAUUUCACGCUGUCGAUGCGAAUGGAGGAUAAGAUUCAGACUGUUCUUACAUGGCUGCUAUUUAGUUAUAGCAACGAUGUUGCACUACCGCGGUUCUUAUAGCAUAUGGACAGUAUAUGAAUUAUGAACCAUGUAAUCACUGGUGCGACAUGCAUAGCCUAGAUAUAAUUACCUUAUUUUAAGGGGCUCAAAUAAUAGCUAUAAUACGUCC